CAAGAUCAGAAAGAGAAGCAGCUUCUGAUAACUUUAACGAUCAACACUGAGCAAGGUAUCAGCCACUAGGAUGUGGAUACUCUGGGCCCUGGCCAUCACGCUGGCCACUCAAGCUGGAGCACUUGACGUGCUAGAACCACCCACAGUAGGAAGCCUUCCUUCCACGCUAUCCUCUGUGCAACAUGUGGAACCUCUCCCUCUUCCCCUGACAUCCAGCCAGGCUUUCAAAAGUCCCCCAACCCAAAAAAGCUCCCCAUUCAGCAGAAAGUCACCUAAGACCCCAGAAGGCCAGUGUGCACCUGCCUCCGAGUACUUCCUGUCUGCUGAGAAGUUCGACGAGUAUCUGAAUGCCACUGUACCCCCGGAGAUUGAGAAGCUGGUGAAGUGCAAGGAAGUUAACAUAGUCGGAGUGCUUGGGCAAGUGUUAGACACAGUGGGAAACGCCGGCGUGCUCGAUAUGCUAGACAUCACUUCGCUCCUAGAAAUGGGAGAUGGCGGCAUUGGUGGUAUCCUAGGCAUGAACAGCAAGGGUGACAAGUCUCCAAAGCUCCCAUCCCUCUCCAAAGUUGGUGAAACUGCUGAUAAGCUGGGUGUGGGCAGCCUGCUGUCCUCUGGAGCGGGCCAAAGCCCUGUAAAAGGGCUCCUUGAAGGUGCUGAACUCCCUGAACUCCAGACCCUGAAUGACGUGGCUGGAAGCGCUAAGAGCCUCAAAGAUUCCGCCGUGAGCAAGGUGAAGGAUGUCCUGCCAGCAGAAACCACCAAAGCACUCAAAGGUGCACUGGAAAACCUUGACAUAAAAGAUUUAUUGCUGCAAUUAGAAGUUCAAUCCGUGGAUAUAGAGGAGAUAAAUUCAACUGUAACAGACGAUGGGAUCGAUGUCGAGGCCAUAGCUACUGCUACCGUGGGUGGAAAAGGUGUGGCUGGACCCGUGAUCACUGUGGUGGGAUUUCAAGUGCUCUUGGGUGUAACUCUGAAAGUUGCUGUUUCUACAAACAACACCCAAUGCGUCAACCUUGAUAUCGAGGAAACAAAUAUCAGUGCCAACCAAGUGACCCUUCGGAUAUUAGAGACAGUCACAAACACUGCGGUUCUUCCUGUGUCUCUGCCCUUGAAGGACAUCGUCCCUAAAGUGUUGUCAGUAGAGUUACAGAAGAACGUUGACAACUCAGAGUCCUGUGGCAUUGUCUUCAGUGAUUUCAACAAGUGCAAAAACUCCACUGGCUUAUUCCAGUUCCAUAUAAAAUCAGCGAGGACCCGUCCACAAGGCCUUUCAAUCCUCUACUGCGUUGAAGCCCUCUUUGACAAAACAGCAGUCCCUGUGCCUGGAGGUCAUCUCCCUCCACAUCCUAAAGAUGCCAACAUUUCCAUAAUUAUGUCCAGCACAAUGGUCAAGACAGUUGUCAAGUACAAUGCCAAGCGGAGCUCCGCCAAGUCAGAUAACCUGGAGGCAAGCAUCACCAAGACAACCUUCAGGUUCCAGCAAGACAGUAACAGUGUUCGGGUUGCUUACUCGACUACCAUAAAAAAGGAUGGUGAGAGUUUUGCUAAGGGAGAAUCGGUCAUAAUCAUCAAAACUGCUGGCAAGAUUUCAAGUGACAAAAUGAUAGUAAACGUUGAAGUUUCAAGAUCUGAGCACCACGUGAGCCCUCCUGAGUUGGACACAGUAAAAGAUGUGCUGUUCAAAGUUCAGAAGAAGUUCUCAACUUACCUGACUGAAUCAGCUAAAAACUGGAAUAUACCAUCAGGAGUACCUCUAUUUCCUGUAGAUGGUGAUAUUACACUAACACUAUCGAAGGAUCUUCUGGCAGCAAACUGAACCUAGCAUAACUGAAAACAGGGAAUAUUCUGAAUGAAAGUGAAAACAUUCUGUAAAACUUUCCUAUGAAAUAUUGAGCUGAGGACAUCCUUAUGAUUAAGGAACUGAGUAGAAUUAGUUUUCUUAAAAUGUCAAGUAUCCCUUUGGAAUUUUCACCAACCACCUUGAAUUAACAAGAGCCCUAGUAGACAAAAAUUUAGGGAUUUUUGGCAUUGUUCUAAUGAACUCUUUAAUAAACAACCUGUU